AGUGUUAUGGGUGAUACAGAAGAACCUAAAAUGCAGAUAACACCAGAAACUCCAGGACGAGUCACAAUCCUGAACCCUUUUGAAAGUCCCAGUGAUUAUUAUACUCUUCAGGAGCAGAUUGUCUCCAGCCCUUCCAUCUUUAAGUCAACAAAAUCUUCCUCUACACCAGGAAAGUUUAGAUGGUCUAUUGAUCAACUUGCUCUAAUAAAUCCUGUGGAAAUUGACUCAGAAGAUGUUCGACGCCAAGCAAUGUAUUUGAGCCAUGCUAGAAUUGAUAAGGAGACAGAAGACAGAAGGCAAAAAGCUAUUGAGGAGUUUUUCACAAAAAGACUCAUAGUUCCUUCUCCAUGGACUGAACACGAAGACAAGCAAGUUUCUCAGUUUAAUUCAACUAAAUCCAUAGAUUUAGAUAACAUUUCUCCAAUUGGAAGACAGAUAACUUUGCAGCCUGGGAAAAGCAAUGCUUCCUGUCAGACAGUACUGUCUUUACCAGUGGAUUUUAAUUUAGAGAAAAUACUAGGUGAGUAUUUUAGAACUGAUGAAUUUGAAGAUCAGUCUCAGGAAAGUCUGAGCUCUUCAUCACUCAGAAGAAAGCUGUUUUUAGAAGAAAAUGGAAAUGUAUCUGCAUGUUUGUCCCCUGCUCUGCGUAGUCCAUGUGGUAGUCAGCCACUUGGAGUGCUGUGUUCAUUAGCAUUAUCUCCAGUCCGCUGCACAAGCCCCCUGGACACAUCUAGUUCAGGUCAGUUUUCAUCAAGUCCUAUUCAGGGAGGAACAAGGACUUAUAGCCUGGGAAGUAUAACCAGUCCCACAUUUCCAGAGGGGUCUCCUGCACAUAAUGGUUCUCCUACUUUUUCCCCAAUUGCUUUUCACAUAAGAAAGUCACCACUCUCAGACCGAAGAAAACUUACAUUUCGUUCUCCAGAUAUUCCUUCUUGCUCAAAUAGAAUGACACCGCCGAGUACAAGAAGUCCUUAUAUAGAUGGCUGUUCUCCAAUUAAAAAUUGUUCCCCUAUGAGGCUGGGAGCUUGUAGAGGAACUGCCCAGUAUCAGACUUCUGUCAUUAGAAUACCAAUUGCAGUUGAGAAUCACAGUGAGGAUGAGGAAGACAAGGAAAAUGCUUCUCCAGCAGCAGCUCGGUUCCCAGAAACGGAUAAUGGAAUAAACUUAUGUCAGGAAGAUGGUAAUGCUUUUGCAUGUGGUACACACCUUGUGGUAGCAACUGUGUCUAUCGCACAAGAUCACUCGGAAGCUUGUCAUCAAAGGUUGUCAUUUCAGGAUAUAGAAGGCUUAAAGGAAAAUAAUACUGUGGAUAUGGCUGAUGCAGCUGAAGCGUCAGAGGAAAACACUUGGAUAAAAGAAACCAUUGGCAAUAGCAAUACACCAAUGACCAGCUUCAUGACAGGCAUCACGUUCAGUAUUGAAAGCUCUCGCAUGUGCAUGUCACCUCUUGCAGAAAGCAGUGCAAUUCCCUGUGACAACAGCAGUAUUCAGGUGGACAGUGGUUACAAUACACAGACUUGUGGAAGCAGCAUUAUGGAUGCUGUGGGGGCUGAAAACAGUUGCAGAGAGAAUGAUGUGAAUACUGUCAUGUUUCAGAAUAAAUCUCAGCUGCUUAGAACAAAGGAGUGUUCAGUUUUAAGCCAUAAGGACAAUCAGUUGCUGAGAGCUACAUCUCCGGAGAAGCAAUCCUGUUUCCAAAAAGCAAAACCGCAUAGUACAGUAUGUGGUCAAAACACAACUUGCAACCUAUCUGCUUGGAAACAUACAAAUGAAAAUCAAAUUCAGGGAUUUCACAACAGUGGUAUGUAGUUUUCUGAUGGAGAACUGUGUUGUCUAAUAGGUUUUUCUAUAUAUGU